AUGAACGGCGAAGAAGAAGAUGAAAUAGCUGAAGAAGUUGAAGCCAUGAAAUCCGUUUAUGAAAGCGAUUGCACCAUUCUCCAUUCCUUUCCUCCUCACUUCCGUCUAUCCCUCAAACCCAGAACCGCCGAUGUUUCCUCUCACCAGUUUGUAGAAAUUGUUCUUGAGGUCCAUGCAACUCCACAGUAUCCAAAAGAACCACCUUGUGUUGCUCUUGUGGAUUGCAAGGGUUUGGAUCAAUAUAGACAAAAGCAUUUAUUGAAUCAUAUAGAAAAUAAAGCCAAUGAGCUUUCUCCUGGAUUAAUGCUUGUAGCUCUUUGUGAGGAGGCUGUAGACAAACUCUCAGAUAUGAAUCAUCCUGAUGGUGAUUGUCCAUUGUGUUUAUUCCCAUUGGUCACAGAAGAUCACCAACGUGAAACCUUGCCUUUUAUGAAGUUAAUGUCUUGCUUUCACUGUUUUCACAGUGAAUGUAUCAUUAGAUGGUGGAAUUGGCUCGAGAGUUCCAAACAAACAGGGUCUUCCAAUUCAGAUAAUGCAACAGCUCAUCGUAACCGGGAUAAUCAUGAAAAAUUGGAAGAGGGUGCUGGAAACUGCCCUGUCUGUCGCAAACCAUUUCAUGCCAAAGAUUUGGACCAUGUGCUUGACCUAGUUGGCUCACAUUCUUCUAGAGAGAGUUUGAACAAUGAAGUCGAUAUUGAGGAAAACAUCCUUCAAUCUGAAGAGGAGAUAAUCAGAAAACAGAGGUUUGAAUCCAUCUUAAGUUUACAGAAGGAGAACAAUGGUUUGAUUGAACCCAAAAAAGAUAUUGUAAUAUUGCCUGGUAUGUAUCUUCAACAACCGGUUGCAGUGCCAGACUCCACGUCAACCAAGGAACCUGAUGAGACUGAACAACAUGAAAGAGAUCCACCUGCAGUUUUGUCUGGAAAACAUGUUAGUGGGACCUCAAAUGGACCUAGUUCUAGUGGGAACAGGAAUUUUGGUGCAAGGAAGCAUAGACCAAGAGGUGAUCAUCAUCACUCUAGUUCGACUGCAAGACAUCCAAGAAAACCAGUCCAACAAUGGGUGGUUCGAAGAGAUACUCCUAGCAAUAAGCAAUAG